AGAUCCCUCUACAGGGACGUCAUGCAGGAGAACUACGAAAUGGUGAUCUCGCUGGGGUUUCCCAUUCCCAAACCUGACCUGAUCGCCCGUCUGGAACGAGGGGAAGAGCCGUGGGUCCCUGAUCUCCAGGCUGCCAAGGAAAGGGAAAGCCCAAGAGGCACCUGCAAAGCACUGGCAGUGACUCAUGUCUGGAUUCUCUCUCCCCCAGCAGGUAAUAGGACAGUGAGUGAGAACAAGGAGGAGAAUCAGCAGCAGGAAAGUCCUAGGAAAGAGGAACCACAGGAGACUUUUUUGAGAAGAGCUGAAGGGAAUUUUUCCCAGUGCUUGGAACAGGGAAAUGCCUGGGGAGAUCAACACAGGUCAGAGAUGCAACUGGGAAACUAUCCCAGGAAGAAACUGGAUGAAUCCAUUCAAUGUGGUGGAAGAUGUAAGGAUCCCAAGGAAACCACAGUCCAGCAGACAAGUUACAAUGAAGAGAAACCCUAUAAAUGCCUCGAGUGUGGGAAAAGAUUCCGUUUCAGUGUAAACCUUCUUAAACAUUGGAGGACCCACACAGGAGAGAAGCUCUAUAAAUGCCUGGACUGUGGGAAAAGCUUCAGUGAGAAGUCAAACCUUAUUAUACAUCAGAGAUUGCACAAAGGAGAGAGACCCUAUAAAUACCUGGAGUUCGGGAGAAGUUUUAGUCAGAGGUCACUCCUUCUUACACAUCAGAGACUGCACACAGGAGAGAGACCCUAUAGAUGUCUUGAGUGUGGGAAAAGUUUCAGUUUGAAAUCAACCCUUAAUAGACAUCAGAAAACACACACAGGAGAGAAACCGCAUAAAUGCUUGGACUGUGGGAAAACUUUCAGUCAGCGCUCAAACCUUAUUAAACAUAGGGGAAUCCAUACAGCAGAAAGACCGUAUAAAUGCGUGGAUUGUGGGAAAACUUUCGGUCAAAGCUCGUACCUUAUUAAACAUAGGAGAAUCCACACAGGAGAAAGACCGUAUAAAUGCCUUGAGUGUGGGAAAAAUUUCAUUCGUCACUCAAAUCUCACUAAACAUAGGAGAAUCCACACAGGCGACAAACCCUACGAAUGCAAUGACUGUGGGAAAAGUUUCAUUGAGAGAACAAAACUUACUAGACAUCAGGCAGUCCACACAGGAGAGAAACCCCAUAAAUGCUUGGACUGCGGGAAAACUUUCAGUCAGAAGUCACAGCUUCUUAUACACGGGAGACUGCACACAGGAGAGAGACCUUAUAAAUGCCUUGAGUGUGGGAAAAGUUUUAGUCAGAGCUCAAAUCUUAUUACACAUCAGCGAACCCACACAGGAGAGAGACCUAAUAUAUGCCUUGAGUGUGGGAAAAGUUUUAAGCACAGUUCAUCCCUAAUUAAUCAUAGGAGAAUCCACACAGGAGAGAGACCCUAUAAAUGCCUUGAGUGUGGGAAAAGUUUUAUGGAAAGCUCAUCCCUUACUAAACAUGGGAGAAUCCACACAGGAGAAAGACCCCAUAAAUGCCUCGAGUGUGGGAAAGGUUUUAUAGAAAGCUCAUCCCUUACUAAACAUGGGAGAAUCCACACAGGAGAAAGACCUUAUAAAUGCCUUGAGUGUGGGAAAAGUUUCAGUUUGAAAUCAACCCUUAAUUCACAUCAGAAAACCCACACAGAAGAGAAACCCCAUAAAUGCUUGGACUGUGGGAACACUUUUGCUAGGCACUCAUCCCUUAUUAAACAUGGAAGAAUCCACGUGGGAGAGAGACCUUAUAAAUGCUUUGAUGGUGGGAAAAGCUUCAGUAAGAGCUCCGAGCUCACCAAACAUCAGAAAAUCCACAAGGGUGAGAGAUCCUAGAAAUAGCUUGACUGCAGGAAAAGAUUCAAUUUGACUUCACACAUCAGUGACCCACACAAAAGAAUGUGGGGGAAGCCUCAUUUGGUGCUCCCGGAGUAUCCGGCACCUGCAAAUCCGCACAGGGAAGAAACAUCUGAGAGGUUCUCAGUGUGGAAAAUGCUUCAAGUGGAGCUAACACCAUGUUGGACAUCAGAGACUCCUCUGCACAGCAGGGAAAUUCUCUCAGUCCCCUGACUAGGGCUGGCCGUGGUGACCAACCCGUUUCCUCAUUCCCACACACAUCAGGGGCGUUUCACUCCCAAGGGUCCAUCUACCCAUCGCUGGGGUGAGGAUCCAGCAGCCGAGUAGCAGCUGGUCAGUGACAGAUUCCCCAGACAGAGGAGGAGAAGCCCCCAUCAGCCCCUCCUCCCUGCUGCAGUCCUGGCCGCUGACCUGAUGGGCCACAGGUCGGGGAAGGG